UCGCGGCUCGCCGGGCUCCUCAAGCAGCCGCUGCCUGGCUCAGGGACGGACCCAGUGGCCGAGCCCACGCCGAAGGGAAGCGAAGCGAAGGGCAGAAGCCACGCCAGCGCCUCCUCCUUCCUUCCCUCCCUCCCGUGUCCGUCCCACCUGCCCACGUCCCGCGUGGAGGUCAGCUUCGGGCAGCCGAGGCUUCGGACGGCUCCCCUGCCUGCCUGCCUGCUUGCCAUGGGGCGGCCCUUCCCGAGCCCCACGCCCUGCUGCUGGGGAAAGCCAAGGGGGAGAUAGAGCCCCGUUCGGAUCAUGACUGUUAGAUAGCACCCUACAUCACCAUGACCAUGGCUCCCCGAAAAAGGAAUCGCCAUGCGUUGGGGUUUCUUUGCUGCUUUGGGGGCAGUGACCUGCCUGAAAUCAACCUUAAGGACAACAACCCCCUGCAGUUUUUGGAGUUCUCUGUGCCAAUCCCAUCACCAGAGGAGCUCAAUGCCAGGUUUUCUGAGCUUGUGGAUGAGUUGGAUCUCACAGAUAAAAACAGAGAGGCAAUGUUUGCACUUCCUCCAGAGAAGAAAUGGCAGAUAUACUGCAGCAAAAAGAAGGAGCAAGAAGACCCAAAUAAACUUGCUACCAGUUGGCCAGACUAUUACAUUGACCGCAUCAAUUCCAUGGCUGCAAUGCAGACAGUGUAUGCUUUUGAUGAAGAAGAAACAGAAAUGAGGAAUAAAAUAGUUGAAGACUUGAAAACAGCUCUGCGGACUCAGCCCAUGAGGUUUGUCACAAGAUUCAUUGAGCUGGAUGGUCUGACCUGCUUGCUGAAUUUUCUGAAAAGUAUGGACUAUGAGACCUCAGAGAGCCGCAUACACACAUCCGUUAUAGGGUGCAUCAAGGCUCUGAUGAACAACUCCCAGGGACGGGCACAUGUCCUGGCCCACCCAGAAAGCAUCAAUAUAAUCUCUCAGAGUUUACGGACUGAGAACAUCAAAACCAAGAUUGCUGUACUGGAAAUCCUUGGAGCUGUUUGCUUAGUGCCAGGAGGUCACAAAAAAGUUCUGCAGGCCAUGCUUCACUACCAAGUCUAUGCAGCAGAGAGGACAAGAUUCCAGUCAUUACUCAAUGAACUAGACCGAAGCAUGGGGCAAUAUAGAGAUGAAGUGAAUCUCAAAACGGCCAUCAUGUCCUUUAUUAAUGCUGUUUUGAAUGCAGGGACUGGUGAGGAUAAUUUGGAAUUUCGAUUGCACCUACGAUAUGAAUUUCUAAUGUUGGGAAUCCAACCUGUAAUUGAUAAACUCAGAGGACAUGAAAAUGCAACUCUGGACAGGCACUUAGAUUUCUUUGAGAUGGUCAGAAAUGAAGAUGAUUUGGAACUUGCAAAGAGAUUUGAAGUUGUGCAUAUUGACACAAAGAGUGCAUCUCAGAUGUUUGAAAUGAUUAAGAAGAGAUUGAAGCACACUGAUGCUUAUCCAUAUUUACUAUCUGUUCUCCAGCACUGCUUACAAAUGCCUUAUAAACGAAGUGGGGGAACUUUUCAAAAAUGGCAGCUGUUAGACAGAAUACUACAGCAAAUUGUUCUUCAGGAUGAGCGAGGGGAUGAUCCAGAUAUAGCUCCUCUAGAGAACUUCAAUGUCAAGAACAUCAUUAAGAUGUUGGUAAAUGAAAAUGAAGUGAAACAGUGGCGAGAUCAGGCAGAGAAAUUUCGAAAAGAACAUGCUGAGUUGAUGAGUAGGCUAGAGAAGAAGGAAAGAGAAUGUGAGAUAAAAACCCAAGAGAAAGAUGAAAUGAUGAAGACACUGAAUAAAAUGAAGGAUAAGCUACAGAAAGAAUCUCUGGAGCUACGUCAAACCCGGGACCAAAUGACUGACCUUGUAACGCAAAUCAAUGAGUUCUCGCAAGGGGGCAGCAUUUCCUUCCAACCUCCUCCUCAACUGCCUCCUGGUGGCCCAUUUGCUCUCCCCUCUUCUUUACCGUCAUCGGACUCCUUACCGCCCCCUCCACCACCUCUUCCAUUCUCCAGCUGUCCACCUCCGCCAGCUCCACCUCCUCCCCCAGGAGGACCUCCUCCUCCACCCGGAGCACCACCAUGCUUCAACAUGGGAAUACCUCCACUUUCCUCCACCACAACCUUCAGUAGCAGCAGCAGCAGUGGGACCAGUCUAAAGAAGAAGUCAAUCCCACAGCCAUCACAUCCACUGAAGUCUUUCAAUUGGUCCAAAUUAAAUGAAGAAAAGAUACAUGGCACAAUUUGGCAUGAAAUUGAUGAUUUAAGGGCUUUCAAGAUGCUUGAUUUGGAGGAUUUUGAGAAGAUGUUCUCAGCUUAUCAAAGACACCAGGACCUGCUAACUAACCCUCCUUCUUCCUGUAAGCAGAAGGAAAUGGGAUCAACUGAAGAUUUGUAUCUAUCCAGUCGAAAGGUUAAAGAGCUUUCUGUGAUUGAUGGCAGGAGAGCUCAAAACUGUGUCAUCCUCCUUUCAAAGUUGAAACUAUCCAAUGAAGAAAUCAGACAAGCGAUCUUGAAAAUGGACGAAGAAGAAGAUUUGGCUAAAGAUAUGUUGGAACAGCUACUGAAGUUUGUUCCAGAGAAAAGUGAUAUUGACCUGCUAGAGGAACAUAAACAUGAAAUUGACCGAAUGGCUCGGGCAGACCGUUUUCUAUAUGAAAUGAGCAGGAUUGAUCACUACCAACAGCGACUUCAAGCAUUAUUCUUUAAGAAGAAGUUUCCAGAGAGGCUUGCAGAAGCCAAGCCAAAAGUGGAAGCCAUUCUUCUUGCAUCCAAAGAGCUUGUCCGUAGCAAGCACCUCAAACAGCUCCUGGAGGUUGUCCUAGCCUUCGGCAACUACAUGAACAAAGGCCAAAGAGGAAAUGCAUAUGGCUUUAAAGUGUCAAGCCUGAACAAAAUAGCAGACACCAAAUCCAGCAUAGACAAGAACAUUACAUUAUUACACUACUUAAUUAUGAUCUUUGAAAAGAACUACCUAGAUAUCCUAGACAUACAGUCUGAAUUACAGUAUCUUCCAGAAGCAGCAAAAGUCAACCUGGUGGAGCUAGAGAAGGAAGUUAACAACAUAAAGGCUGGAUUGAAAGCUGUUGAAGCCGAGCUAGAGUACCAGAAGAGACGUGUGCGGGAAGCAGGUGAUAGGUUUGUCCCUGUUAUGAGCGACUUCAUUACUGUAGCCAGUUUCAGCUUUUCAGAGCUGGAGGACCUUCUGAAUGAUGCAAGGGAUAAGUAUACAAAGGCACUGAAGCAUUUUGGAGAGAAUGAGGGUCGGAUGCAGCCAGAUGAAUUUUUUGGCAUCUUUGACACCUUCCUUCAGUCAUUCACAGAAGCCAAGCAAGAUCUGGAGAAUAUGAGGAAGAAGAAAGAAGAAGAGGAGCGCAGGGCACGUAUGGAAGCUAUGCUUAAAGAACAGAGAGAGAAAGAACGGCGGCAAAAGAAAGCGAAGGCUGGUAGUAUCUCCGAGGAUGGAGGAGGUGAAUUUGAUGAUCUUGUGUCAGCAUUGAGGUCAGGAGAGGUCUUUGACAAGGACUUAAAGCUCAAGCGUGGCCGUAAGCGUUCAGGGAACCAAAAUUUGGAGACAAGCCGGGAACGGGCAGUGACAAAGCUCAAUUACUGAAGGAGGAGGAUGCACAAUUAACAGAAGAUGACACAACAAAGAGUAAAUUGAGAAGAUGGAGAAUUUGUCUAGCCCAUGGCUUUGUUUACUGUUUCCGGGAUGAACAUUGCUCUCCCAUGUUCCUCUUUCCCAUAUAUCAUAAUCUGGAAUGGUUGUAAAAGUGCCUCUUUAGAGCCCAAGGGAUUCCUCUCUGAAACACUGCUUUUGAGCAGUGGUUUGCUUCUCAACAUUUUCCAACCAAGUUCAGUUAGGUCUUAAUGGUGGAACAGAAAUCUUUGGGCCUUCCGCACAAGAUGGAAAGAUGGAGGAGAACAUGACUAAUUCUGUGCCAAAGUGAAUGCAUUCAAAGAAGGAAAGAGACAGUUCUCUGUCUUUCUAAAAAAUCAAGACAGUCUCAGGCUGGUUCUGAAUCAUCGUGCUGCCCCUACGUUACAGUUUGGCUCAGUCUUCAGGAAUGAGUGAAGGAGUGGUUCUACAGUAUUGCAGUUCUGUUCUUCCACUGGGUUUACAAAAUGCCAUUGAUUGAACCCUGAAAAUGUAUUAUUGUUGUUUUUAAAAAUCAAGAACAGUUGUUUAUUGGCUUGUAAUAUGCAAAGCAAGUGAUGUUAUGUCAGAGGAAGUAGAUAGACCUGCUUUCCUUGAGGGAAGAAUAAUCUGUUUGCAGAACUCAAUUUUUUUUCAGGAAUUGUUGGAGUCUUCAGGGAUGUGCCAAAGAAAAUGGGGGAGAGGGAACUACCCGAUAAGAGUAAACACAUUUGUGCUGAGCCAGACCAAUAACAGGGAAAGGUUGGGAGAUAAGAAUAACCCAACACCAGGUCCACAUAAUAUUAGCUGCACAAUAAAAUAUUUACUAGGACUGGCAUAGGUUGGGUGGAGGGUUUUUUAAUUCAAAUAAAGGCAAAUGGAGUUUGGUUAGCAGCUUUCAGCAUUUAGCAGCCACUGAGAUAAACUGGAGAUUACAUUUUAACAGAAUGCACUUUUUAAAAGGCAUCCUACUCCAUUCCAAACAAGCACUGCAGGAGUUACUAAUAGUUAUAGUAAUGCAAUGCAUCAGUAGGUAGCUAGAGCAGUCAAGGACUAUUCCAUCAAGAAAGAAGUGAUGGAGAAAGCUAUAUAUGGGGCCCCCAAGUUGUACUAUACUUUUGGGACUUGGAAAGAGUUCUAGAAAUCACAGGCGAUCACUCCAAAGAUAAGUUGGUGUUACACAGUGUAAACUAUCACAUGCACACAGCUGAAAGCACACACAAAACAGGGAGACUAUUAAUGUCUUCUUGUUUUACUCCAUGUUUAUGGGUAAUGAGCAGAAAGCCUCUGUGAUACAAAAUUUGUUUUUCUUUCUUCAACUAUUAACAGUUUACCAGUAUCUUCUGGAGAUAAAAAAAUAAAAAGUAUAUCUUAAUUUUACAUGCUGCAUUUUGAGAGUCCCAGUUCUGAAUUCUCCUAUUCAUGAUAUCCUAGAACCCAGAAGUUCUGAAUUACACGAAUGAUAAAAAUGUGUUCUUAUGAGAACUCAGUGUAUUACUAUCCAUUUAGGAGAGCUGCUUUUGAUCCACUUUUGUCUCUGGUGGUCUCUUUCAAAAGACAGCCCAGUGCACAUAAACUCAGGUGCUUUUAGAAAAGGACUUUGAUUUCUACGUUUACAAACUCAUACCUUUAAGGGGAUUUACCUUCUUGAUAAAAUAGAUUUUGUAGGAAGAAUAUGUAAAUGCUGUUUUCAGCUCCUUGCUGCUCUCUGUAGUUGAGAUGUAGUAUUAUGCCAUAUAUAUUGUACUGCAAAAGCCAUAUGAGACCGAAGCAAUACGUUCCUACAAGUGAAUCUCAUUUGUGUAAAUUGCAGAUCCCAAGCAAAUAUUUUAUAAUGUGAGCCUUGUGUAUUGUAAGGUUGCUUUUCCUUUCUUUCUUUCUUUCUUUCUUUCUUUUCCGUUUUGCUUACUUCUCAGCAAGAGAGUACUUACGAGUAAUAAAGCUUCAACUCAGAGGCCAAAAUGCAGGAAAAGGGAAAAAUUUGAAGAAUUUUUUAUUUAGUAAACUAAUCCUACAAUUUCAGAAUUCUCCAGCCAUGACUAAACUGAUUGGGAGAAUCAGGAAGUGGUUGUCCAAAAAUGAAACAUCCCUAAGCUAAUAUGUGACUGUGCUAAUUUCUCUUUCUAAUACCGUAACCUAUUGUUUAGGGCAGUGGUUUUCAACUUGUGGGUCCCCAGGUGUUUUGGCCUACAACUCCCAGAAAUCCCAGCCAGUUUACCAGCCAAAACAUCUGUGACCCACAGGUUGAAAACCACUGGUUUAGGGCAUUGUCAGUUCCAAUAUAUGGUGGCCUUGUUGUGGUGCCCUCCCCCACAUUCUUGUUGGUUCGUGUUGAUAGCUGCAGCCCACAACUUCAUUAAAUAUUCCCCACUCUGGCUAUGUAGCAUAGGACAGACUUUUAUUUCUGUUAUCAGUCAUAUGAAAAAACGUAGAGUAAUUGCAUAGCUUUUCAGAUGUACAUAGCGGUUUGGAUCAUAACAGCUACAUUGAAGAUAUCUCUGCAAGUUUUAGAGAACUGUUCUAUGGCAUAUUCAUUUAAUAUAGACAUUAAUACACUAUUGUAUUAGUUUCAAAAAUAAUUUCAGUUUGUCAUGCUGUUUCACCUUAGAUCAGUUUACUGUAGGUUCUGUAGACUGGAAAGUUAGUUUCAUUCCAUUUAAUGCAUCAGCAAUUUAAAAGUAGUGGAUGAUUACUGUUACUUGGUGCAAUAGGAAAAACAUGCUUCAUACUGUCUGUUAAUUUUUAAUUAUGUUAACAAAAUUCUUAAAAGACAAAAACACUGGCAUAACAUUUCAAAACCUUCUAUCACAAUCCCUUAUUACAAAGUACAGUGAAUUCACUGCUCCUUAUUAUGUUACUCUCAAAGUUUAAUCUUACACAUUCAUUGCAGCCUUAUUUUGAAAAGGUAACUCAUUGCAGAUUACAUCACUUGUAACUUAUUACUUCCAGACACUGAACAAAUGUGCAUGAUAAAAUGUUACUACACUAACAAAAUGAUUCAGUCUUUUUGUAAGAAAGUUUGUUCAUCUGGGAAAAUGUCAAUUGGCACCAACUGCUUAUGAAAUCAAGCAGCAACUUGCGGUGAUUUCUAAUAUCUUUUUCAGAUUGUUAGAAAUCUUAAAAGAGGUUACAGCUGAGUUCUUUAAAUCAGAAAGGGUAUGAUAUUGCUACGCUGCUCAUAUUUACUGCAAAGUAAAUUGCACUAAACUCAAUGCCGUUUACUUGCAAAUAAAUAUAAAUAAGGACUGUGGCCUGUUUUUCUCCAGUGAGUGCAGCCAAACUGGUUCUAGCAUUUUGAGUUGCCCAAAAGAUUUUUUUAAAGUGAAUGUAUCUGAUUGUGCUCUGAAAGGUCAGAAUAGUGUACAUUGAUAAUUUGGGAGGGCCUGUAGAUGCAAAGCACAAAGCAGAAGUCCUAAAAUAAAAUGUUAAAUAAAAACAAGUGAAUCAAUCUUGACUCAGUUUAAAUCCAAAUGAUUUCUCUCAUGGCCACAUACCAGAAGCUCUUUAGUCAGACUUUGUAGCUUUUCCUUUCUCUCUGUCAAUUUUGCCUUUUAACUUACUUCAUUGAAAACCAUUUAAACCAAUUGAUUUGCUUAUGUCUAGACAUCAUAGACAAAUAAUAUCUUACCCCUCAUUGCCAUUACAUUUCAAUGUCUAGGUACUACUUUUAUUCAGUGGUCUCAUAAUAGCACGCUUUGCUUAUUUUUAAGAUAUGCAUUUGCAAUAUCAGUCUAACAUGUGGGCCCCCAACCUAGAGGCAGGUUGUAUCACAUGAUUCUUCAGAAUUGCCCAUGCAGAUAUUCAUCUUGGGUAGACAUUCUCACAUUCCUGUCCACACCUGUAGUUUAGUCUGUUGAAUUCAUUAUAAUUGCCAGUUUUCAAUUCACUGUGGAGAGUAUCAGUAGUCUUACGUGUACUAGAAUGCAUGCAAGAGGUCAACAUGACAUUUGCAAUUUUUCGAAUAUGGAAGCUGGUUCUCUUUGCAUAUAGUGGCAGCGGCGAUGGAAUUAAGGCACACAAAAUGAGAACUAACCUGCCACUUCUGCCGCCAUGCAGAUAGCAGCAAUAAGGUUUUAUUGCUAAAAAAACCUUAUUGCUAAAAAAAAGGAUGCAAGAAAUUUUGCAUCUACAAAAUUUGAUCUGAGAAAGAGCAAAUCCUGCUUGAGGAGACAGGCAUGGAACUGUUUUUAUGUGCCUUUGGUUUAUGGUAGCCCUACCUUAGGGUUUUUUUGGCAAGCUUCCUUCAGAUAAAGUUUCCCAUGCCCUCUUCUAAGAUUAUAGAGAAAGGGAACCUUCCUGACUGAACCUUGGCUUCCAUGGUCAACAUUCAAACCACUACAUCAUGCUGGCUCUCCUAGCAUGAAGACGUAAAUAUGCACAAAUAGGCUUCUCAAAAGAGCCAAUGGUGAGAAGGGAGAUCCCAUUGGGUAAAUACCAGUUUAUGGGGGUAUUUCUCCCCCUGAAACAAUACAUCUCAGCAAAGUUCUCAGGAAAUGAAAAGGCAACAGAAACUCACUGCCUAUUGCACAUCUUAGCAACAUCUUAUGUCAAGGCAGCUGUUGGCCCAUGUUUCUGGAACAACCAAAGAAUGAAGCUAGUACUUGAAAACUGGGUUUCUAUUACCUGAUACACAUGGACUGUGAUCCUACAUAAAUCAGUGUAGUGUACUACAGAAAAGUAUACUAUACUACUCUGAGCCAUUUACCACGGUUCCCAAUCCUGUAGUAUGGCUGCUGAAGUUCCCAACCAUGGCCAUUCAUUCCUGGAGGAAAGGAGGAAGGAUCAUAGGGGUAUAUGGCUAUGUCUCCUUAGCCAGAUACUAAGUAAUAAUGCACUGAGAACUCAAGGUAGGCUUUGUGGAAGUAAUAGGACUCUUGCAUUAUUGGAAAAUGAUUACUGCUAUAGCUGUUUGUGGCACAGGUUGAGGUUUCUAAAUUUCUCACUACUUAAAAAUGUUUAAGAGCAGAAAGACAUGACCCUUCUUGAGUUGAAACAGUUAAUAAAGCAAUAUUUUGCAUGUUUUUUUCAAAGUACUUUGGUGAUGGUUUCAGUGUUGGAGGAAGAAAACAAAGGCAAGAGAGGAGGUUCUUGUAAGCAAGAGAUGUGGUUCUACAUCAUCCCCGCAUCUUUUUUUGGACAGACUUUUUUUUCUUUCCAAGCUGUAGCACAAUUACAGCUAAAAGAGGGCUGAUUCAUGAGUUUUCAUGAAGGGAAGAGCUGAGUUGUACAGUUCUGUUAUGUACAUGAUGUAUGCAAUUGUUUGUUUUGUUGUUUUUAAAAAAAUGAUUUAAUAAUUAAACAGAUUUAGGAAUGUUUUAGGGAAAAAAACUGUAAAUGCCACACCUCUAUUUAUUUUGCCUUAUUUUAGUUUUUGUGUAUUGCUCAUUUUAUGUAUACACUGCGUACAUGCAGCCGUGACUAUUGAGACUUCACCAGGGCAUUAUGAGCAAGCCAAGUGCUGAACUUGGCACUUUUGGGAUAGACUAGGCAGCACUGGGCACAUUUCCUUUCACUUUUAUGACACCGGGAGGAGACCACAUUUCAAUAAAGGGGCACGCUAUCCUGCUCAGAAGGGCUUUAUUCCCCCAUCCCAUUCAGCAGAUAAGUAGUGGUUAACUUCAUUUGCUGGACAUCAAGUCCAAAGUGUGGGUUGGAGCCAGUCCAGCACACACACACAUACACACACACACAACCUCUCAGUGCCUUGGUGUGUGGGAUAGAGGAGCUAAAAGAUAAGGCAGCUAUCCCCCACACAACAAACAUGCCCAUAAAGGCUGUAUCUCUGAAUUUUCCAGGGCAACUAUGCUUUCUGUUUUCCCAGAGUUGGAAAAUGUUUUUGAGUUACAAGUCCAGCAGUUUCCCCAGCAUUGGAAGAGAGAUUCCGGGAACUGUAAUCCAAAACAUUAUUCUUCAAGGAUUGUAAUGUCUGAAUCAUCCUUGUGAGGUGUAUAUACACAGCCACAUUUUUAUUAAAGCUAAAUUAUUCUGGCUUAACUAAUACCUCAUGCUCAAAAUCAGUAACAUAUAUUGGCUUUUGCUGUUUUACAUAUUUAAAGGUGAAAGCUCUGCGCUCACCCCAUUUAAAAGAUAACUAAUUUGCCUUAAGCAAUCUUGGCAUGUGGAGCUUGGGAAAUGUCCCUGCCUGCAUCUAAGAAAGACCUAACUCUUUAACAGGGCAGGAUAGGAAGUCUGUCUUGCUCCUCUAAUGCUUUGGUGUCUCCUCAUUUGUUGGUCAAUUUAAAAUUAAAAAUGAAUUAAAUGUACAAAACCUGUAGCAUCCUUUUUAUCUGCACCUUUUUAUAAGAAGAUAAUGUAAUACUAAAAAAAAAUAAAGAUAUAUUGUCCCUA